CAACCCCAGGGGACGAUGCGCAAACAAUAGUGUGCGCAUGCGCACAGCUUGUAAGACGCAAUAGGCCUGGCUGCGGUUGUUCUUCAACGUCACUUCCGCUCGGAGCUUUCGACAGGACUGAGGCAACCGGGGCUGUGCGAUGACAAUGGGAGAGAUGAUCCCAAGAUGAGGGAAGCGGACAAAUCAGACAACAUGAAAUCCCAAGACAGGGUUUUUGGGUCGGGGCGCCGGGGAGGUGAGAGGAAAAGGUGCGACUCCUUUGUGAACAGUCUUUUUGAAGAGGCAGAGAACGCUGGCGCUCUUAUUGCUUCUCCUGAAGAUGAAGAAAACAAAGCCGACGUCCUCAUCAAAUUGUGGAAAAAUGGCUUCACAAUCAACGACGGGCAUCUCAGGGAUUACAGUGGUGUUGAGAACCGGCAGUUCAUGGACUCCGUCCGGAAAGGGGAGCUCCCCGAGGAGUUACAAAAAACAUUUGAUAAAGAAGAGAUUGCUGUCAACGUUGAAGACAGAAAGAAUCAAGAUUAUUUAUUACGAAAGCCCAAUAUCGACCCUUUCUCAGGUCUUGGACAACGACUGGGAAGUGCCGCACCAAAAGUCAUUACCAAAGACAUGGAAACAUGCAAUGAACAGAGUCUUCCAUCCGUGGAGCUGAAUGAACUGGAGCCUCUCACAAACAUAAAGAUUUGGAUGGCUGAUGGAAAGAGGAUUGUACAGAAAUUCAAUACCUCGCAUAGAAUUAAAGACGUGCGAGACUUCCUGGAAAGAAUCCCUUGGAAAUCUGUGAAGGUGCCGUUCACCCUCGCAACCUCUUUCCCUCUCCGUGAUCUUAUGGACGAGACAAUCACCAUUCAGGAAGCAAAUCUGCAAAACUCUGUUCUGGUCCAAAAAGUACAGAAAACCACAGAACCUUUCAGGAACUCUUAGCCGGCACAUGUCUCAGUCCAAAAAAACCUUGAUGCUUUUUGGUUGCUAGGGUCUGGGAUAGUGAUCUGCGGGCCUUGCUCUUUUCUGCGUUUGAGAAGCACUGUGAUUGGCCAGUAGGCACCCACUAGAUUUAGUCAUUUAUUAUAUAUGCCUGGUUGCAUGUGUGACUGCUGAAACCUUAUACUGCUCUACACUGUGACCCGUCUAUAUCCUUACUCAAUAAGCUGGGGGUUUUCUUCCACCUCAUUCUUAUCUCUCACACACAAAAUUACUCAGGCAGAUCUUGUCCUUGAUUGGCUGUUCUCUGCUAAAUAAAAUUCAUGCAGUACAAAUUGCCAUUGGUCGCAAAUUAGACACAAGCUCAUUUUAUGAUAGUGAUCUCUUCUGAUCCCAAACCCGUCCAGCAGUUACAGCAAAUGACCUACAGAAUAUGUUUAUACACAAUAAAAAAACAUUUUAACAA